AUGAUUCCAACACCAGACACGUCUCAUCUGACAAGAUUUGACUUUGAGCACGUUUACGAACCGGCAGAGGAUACAUUUCUCCUGCUGGAUGCACUCGAGCAGGAUGCACAGGCUCUGAGAGACCUCAAUCCUCGCAUAUGCCUUGAAAUUGGAUCUGGCUCUGGGUGUGUGUCCGGUUUUAUCGGCACCAUCUUGGGUCCUUCAAAUGCCCUCUAUCUCUGCACCGAUAUCAACCCUCACGCAUCUCACUGUACGCUCCUCACAGGGACCCAAAACAAGAUCCCGCUCGACCCUAUCACCGCAUACUUGACACAACCUUUAUCAUCUCGCCUCGCUCGCUCUAUCGACAUUCUAGUCUUCAACCCGCCUUAUGUACCAACUUUCGAUGAGGAGGCUGACAUUGCACAGUAUCGAGCUGAUAUUGCAGGCUCGUGGGCAGGUGGCGAGGACGGCAUGCGAGUGACCGAUCGUUUGCUUGGGCAGGUGGAGGAGCUUUUAUCUCCGCAAGGUCGUUUCUACCUUGUGGCCGUAAAACAGAACAAUGUUCCUGGGAUACAAGCACGUAUGCAAGAAAAACACGGCCUGCGCAGCGAGAUUGUGAUUCAACGACGGGCAGGUCACGAACAUCUCUUCAUCAUCUGUUUCUUCCGAUAA